AUGCAUACCUUCUCCUUUGUCGGGGCUCUGGCUCUGUCGGUUUGUGUCUUUGGUCAUCCUACUGAGCCCCCUCUUCUAUCUCCUCGCCGCGCCGGUGUUGAUCUAGAAAGAUUUCGAUUGGCGCCCAACGCAGAAUAUGUCGAUUACAUUCAGCAGACUCCCAUCUCUACUGCAAAUAUCGGCCUAAUCGAGCAAAGUUACGUCGAGACUGCCAAUCAGCUGGUCAAAGAAACAUUCCCCAACGCGACCUUCCGCCUGCGAGAGGAUCACUACGUUGGGGACAAUGGUGUGGCACACGUUCACUUUCGUCAGACAGUCCAUGACCUCGAUGUCGACAAUGCGGACUUUAAUGUUAACGUCGGUAAAGAUGGCAAGGUCUUCUCCUAUGGAAACUCCUUCUAUACUGGCCCGAUUCCCAACAUCACCCAGGUGACAAGACGUGACUUCAUCGAUCCCGUGGCUGCGUUGAGAUUUGCAUUGACACAUCUUCAACUCCCCAUGAAGGCGGAUGGCGUGUCUGCGGAAGCCACGAAGCAUCCUCAUAAGUACAUAUUCCGGGGCACCUCUGGGGCGGUCUCUGACCCGAAGGCACGUCUUGUCUACCUCUUGAAGCCUGACGGGACUCUGAACUUGGCGUGGAGAGUAGAGACGGAUGUAGAAGACAAUUGGCUUUUAUCCUAUGUGGAUGCCAAAACCGCUGAGGAGGUUCAUGGUGUUGUCGACUAUGUUUCCGACGCCACCCUCCAAGUCUAUGGUUGGGGAUUCAAUGACCCUACUGAGACUGACGGCCGUGUCAGUGUUACUGACCCGUGGGAUCUGACGGUGUCGCCGUUGACUUGGUUCGGCGAUGGAGAGAAAAACUGGACUUCAACACGGGGGAAUAAUGGCAUUGCCCAAGAGAACUUCAACGGUAGACCGCCCUACAUUGAUAAUAUGCGUCCCGACAGUCCUACCCUCAACUUCACUUAUGCGUACCCGACAGGUGACUCUCCCAAGGACUAUAUCAAUGCUUCAGUUACCCAGCUUUUCUACACAAUCAACACAUACCAUGAUCUCUUGUACACACUCGGCUUCACAGAAAAGGCAGGUAAUUUUCAAUGGACCAACAGAGGCUUGGGAGGCAAGGAGAAGGACUAUGUAAUUCUGAACGCGCAGGAUGGAGCGGGCAAGAACAAUGCCGAUUUCGCUGCUCCCCCGGACGGAAAUCCAGGUCGCAUGCGUAUGUAUAUGUUCACACGCACCAAGCCACCUCGGGAUGCAGUGUUCGAGUCUGGAAUUGCUAUUCAUGAGUAUACCCACGGUUUGUCUAUGCGGCUUACCGGAGGCCCGGACAAUUCCAAAUGCUUGAGCGCUUUCGAGUCCGCGAGCAUGGGGGAGGGCUGGGGUGAUUUUAUGGCGACAGCGAUCCGUCUCAGGCCUAAUGACACGCGUGCAACGGAUUAUGGAAUGGGGACAUGGGUUUUUGAUAGUCCAAAGGGCAUCCGACAGUAUCUAUUUUCGACUUCGAUGGAGACCAACCCACUUAACUAUACAUCCUUGAAUCGAAUGUAUCAGGUCCAUGCAGGUGGAACCGUCUGGGCCUCGAUGUUGUACGAAGUUUUAUGGAACUUGAUUGAAAAACAUGGAAAGAAUGACGGCCCGCGGCCAGAAUUUGACGAACGGGGGGUGCCUAAGGAUGGUAAAUACCUGGCGAUGAAGCUAGUAGUUGAUGGCAUGGCUUUACAACCCUGCAAUCCCAACUUUAUUCAAGCCCGCGAUGCCAUCCUAGACGCCGACCAGGCUCUGACAGGAGGCCAAAACAAAUGUGAGAUAUGGACUGGUUUCGCCAAGCGUGGUCUAGGGCAGAAAGCUGUGUAUGAAAAUGGUAGACGCGUGGACAGCUACGAGAUUCCGGGGGAUAUGUGCAAGAAGAAGGUCUAA